CCCCCCCCCCCCCAAACUAAUUGAAACAUUACAGACAACCAAAAAAAAAGAAAAACCCAUAAAAAGGAGAGGCUAUUCUCAAUUACUUUCCUUUCGGUGGCGCGUAUUAUCCACCCGCCGAAAAUGGGCCAAUCUCCUCCCGUCGUUUUGGGCAGAGAAAACUCCCUCUGCGAUCCCUUCACCUUCUUAUCCUCUUCUUCUGCUUUCAUUUCUGGGGAGGGAUUUCGCGACGAAAUCGUGGUGGAGAUCGUGGAUUAUACCGCUGAGUUACCCGAUGAGUGUUUGGCUUUCGUUUUCCAGUUCCUUGGACCCGGUGAUCGGAACCGGUGUUCACUCGUCUGCAAGCGGUGGUUUCGCGUUGACGGUUGGAGCCGCCACCGUUUAUCUCUCAACGCUCAAUCUGAAAUCGUUUCUUCUUUGCCUUCUUUGUUUACCCGUUUCGAUUCCGUUACCAAGCUCGCUUUACGGUGUAGUCGUAAAUCGAUCAGCUUGACGGAUGACGCUUUGCUUACGAUCUCGAUCCGUUGCCGUAACCUCACACGGUUGAAGCUCCGCGGUUGCCGCGAAAUCACCGACGAAGGAAUGUCGACAUUUGCUAAGAAUUCAAAAAAAUUACGAAAACUCUCUUGUGGCUCUUGCAUGUUCGGCGCUAAAGCUUUAAACGCCGUCCUUGAUCAUUGCGCGAAUUUAGAAGAGUUAUCGGUAAAAAGGCUUAGAGGAAUCCACGACGGAGCUGAGCCGAUCGGACCUGGAGCCGCGGCUUCUUCGUUGAAAAUGAUUUGCUUGAAAGAGCUCGUUAACGGUCAGUCUUUUGCACCGCUUGUGCUUGGAUCAAAAAACCUUAAAACUGUGAAAAUUAUUCAUUGUUUAGGUGAUUGGGAUAGUGUUCUUCAAUUAAUUGGAAACCGAAAUCGAAACUAUAAAGAGAAUUUAAACUGCGAUAUCAAUUACGGCAGUAGUGAUAGCAAUAGGAGUCCUUUAAUGGAAAUUCACCUUGAGAGGCUCCAAGUAAGUGAUAUAGGCUUAUCAGCCAUUUCAAAAUGCACCAAAAUUGAGAAUUUGCAUAUUGUGAAAACCCCCGAGUGUUCGAAUUAUGGACUUGUUUGUGUAGCUGAGAAUUGUAAGCUACUGAGGAAGCUUCAUAUUGAUGGAUGGAGAACUAAUAGGAUUGGUGAUGAGGGUUUGAUUGCUGUAGCCAAGCAUUGUUCUAAUUUACAAGAACUUGUUUUGAUUGGUGUUAAUGCUACCCAUGUGAGCUUAUCGGCCAUUGCAUGUAAUUGUUCAAAGCUCGAGAGGUUAGCUCUUUGUGGGAGUGGAACUAUUGGUGAUACAGAGAUUGCAUGCAUUGCUGCAAAAUGUAUGGCCUUGAAGAAACUUUGUAUCAAGGGAUGUCCGAUUUCAGAUAUAGCCAUCGAAGCACUCGGUUCCGGUUGUCCCAAUUUGGUAAAAAUUAAGGUGAGGAAAUGUAGAGGAGUGAGUAGUGAUGCCGGCGAAUGGUUGCGUGAACAAAGGGGAUCGAUGUUGAUCAAUAUGGAUGCUUGCGACACAGAUUGUGGGUUCGAGGCUAGUGUCAGUGACAGAGUUCAUGAAACCGGUGAGGAGGUUGGCCAAGUAACCGCUGUUGGUGCUUCCACGAGCAGCAAUGUUGAGUUCGAGUUGCAUUAAACCGAACCUUGGCGGAUUACUUAACUCGGCUUCUGAUACUGAAAUCAAUAUCUAGUUCAAACCCAGGUUUCAUAUAAUCUUUCAUCUCCAAAACCAAGGCAUCAGCGGUGAUUGACAUGAUGUCACUUGCCUGCGUCGAGCUUGUUCCGAGGAUCUCAAGUCCAGAGGAAGGUUUGCCAACGCCGUUAAUACUGCUAAAACGUCUUCGAUAGCAUUGUGUCCAAUGAAAGGCUCUUGACUUCUUUGACAGAUAGUUGCUAAGUUCCAUGCUUUGAUGUCACCCUAUUUGCUCGUCUGCAGGCCGGGGACCGUAUCCUGACUACUUUUCCGACCCCUUGAAUUAUCUCUCCCAUUGCUUUCGGAGAAUACAUCAUCAUUGUCGUCUUCACUUUAAGAAGCUUAGACUUCAUUGUUAGCAGAAUCAGUUUUAGAAUUUGUGGUCAUAUUUACCAAUUCAAUCUUGAAUCUAAGGAUAGGCCCAAAAAAUAAAACACUUGAAUUA